GGUAGUAAUGUUAAUGAUGACGAUAGUGGUAGUGGUGGUGGUCAUGUUGAUAGAUAUCGUCAUGAUUAUUGAUGAUGAAUAUUACUUAUUAUGAUGAGGAUUAUGAUGAUAGCAGUGUUGGUAGUGGCAAUUAUGUGGAGGAUGUUGAUGAUGGUGAUGUGAUGGUAAAAUUACAAAAAUAGUUAUGACAGCAGUGUUGAUAAUGGUGCUGGUGGUAAUUUUACUGUAAUGUCAAUGAAGAAAAUGAUAGUGGCUGCUGAUGAUGAUUGUACUCAUCAUGCUGGCGGUGAUCGUGACAGCAGUGGUCGUGGUGUCGAUGAUGAUGAUGGAGGUUCGACUGACAAGGCCCUUUCUCCUUCACAGGGGCCUGAUGGGGAGCGGGGGCCAGAGGGGCUCAGAGGGGACCCGGGGAAAGAGGGCCCCGUUGGACCCCCUGGGAGACCUGGGCCCCCGGGUCGCUCCGCCUCGCAGGGGACCCCAGGGGUGAAUGGACGCGCGGGACCCCGAGGAGUCCCCGGGGACACGGGUCCUCAAGGAUACUCAGGGGACAAGGGACGCAAGGGGCAGAAAGGUUUUGCGGGUCUCCGUGGAGUGAGAGGCCCGCCUGGCGAUAAAGGCGAGAAGGGAUUAAAGGGCAGUGACGGAGACGAAGGAUUCCCUGGGGGAUACGGAAUGCCGGGCAUGCUAGGACGACGUGGUCCCCGUGGUCCGCCUGGGCUGUUGGGACCUGAGGGCGGAUAUGGAGACGAGGGGAGGUAUGGAGCACGAGGCAAGACGGGUCAGAGGGGUCCCCCGGGGACCAAGGGGAUCAAGGGUUACCCCGGCCCACGGGGGGAUCACGGGAGCGCGGGUCCCCCGGGCUUCGCGGGGCUCCAGGUGAGACGGCAGUGUGCCUGUGUCACUGGGGAGACAAAGGCGGCUGUGCGCGGUGCUGGCCACCCACCCACCCCCGAGCUGGCCUUUCUAGGUGCUCACUCGCUCAAAGAACUUGCCCCGACAGUCUGUUGAGGC